AUGGCAGAGAGAGACGGUCCGCUGAAGACGGUCCAGGUGGACGCGCUGGUGGUGAUGAAAAUAAUCAAGCACUGCACCCAGACAUUCCCCACGACAGCUACGGGAUCGCUGGUUGGCAUGGAUGUCAAGGGCAACCUCGAAGUCACCAACUCGUUCCCUUUCCCGAUAGUCGACCUCCCCCCAGACUCACACUUGGACAUAUCGCCCUCGAACACCGCUGCGGCUGCUCCCAGGGCCAAGUCGAACGUCACAUACCAGGCUGAGAUGAUCCGGAUGCUGAGAGAGGUCAACAUCGACGCCAACAAUGUGGGGUACUACACGAGUGCGAACAUGGGCAACUUCUUGAACCUGAACGUCAUUGAGAACCAGUACUUUUACCAGAAGGAGAUGAACGAGACGGCCAUCACCCUGGUGCACGAUGUCAGCCGCAGCUCUCAGGGACCGCUCAGUCUGCGGGCCUUCAGACUCUCCCCGCAGUUCAUGACUGCCUUCAAGGAGAACAAAUUCACCGCCGAGAACCUUCAAAAAUCCAACCUCAGACACAGUGACAUCUUCGUCGAGCUACCGGUGACGAUCCACAACUCGCACCUCCUAACGAGCUAUCUGCACCAGAUCCCCACCACUGCACCGAAGGAAGAGCUCGACCUGCCUCCAUCCCUUGCAGCUCUGCUCGCCAGCCCACAGUCCAACCCCGCCAAUGCACACGCCCAACUUCGACAACCUCUCCCUCAACAUCGACCCGUUCCUGGAGAAGAACUGCGACCUGCUGCUGGAGAGCAUAGAGACCCACCACACCGAGAACAACAACUUCCAACCAAGAUCGCCGCCUGGCAGGCCAAACGCAAGGCCGAGAACGUGAGCCGGGCCCAGCUCAAGCAGCCUCUGCUGGCCGAGGACGAGUGGCAGCGUCUGUUCAAGCUGCCGCAGGAGCCAAGCAGGCUGGAGAGCAUGCUCAACACCUGCCAGGCCGAGCAGUACUCGCGACAGAUCGAUGGGUUCGUGGCAGCCACCACAGGCAAGAUGUUUGGUGUCAAGGGCAACCUCCUCCCCGACAGCCAAUCUUGA